AUGAAUCGAGACCAGAAGGCCCGAGACAUCGUCCGCGCCGCCGUUACGGGGCUCAUUCAUCGGCUCGAAGCCCUCUCCAGUAGUGAUGAGCCCUCGCUCCCCGAAGUCGAAGAUACGGCGCGUCUCCUUGAGCAGAAGUCUAGGGAGCUCAAGGAUCUCGACACAACCGUUCAAGCAGGAAUAAGUGACGAGCAGUUCGAGGAAGAUUUCACGGCGGCCAGUCGGUAUCAGGACGACAUCUGCCUCGCGGUUUCCAAGGCCCAACGCCUCAUACGAAGCUCUGCGGUUGCUCCCACAGCUCCCUCCGAUCAACGGCCGCAAACUGCACCUUCAAUAGCCGCCGGUAGCCACCAGUCAGCCACGGUUCGGUCCGUCGUUCUUCCCAAGUUGCACGUGCCUGCAUUCUCGGGCAAGGUGGAUGAUUGGCAGGGAUUUUGGGACCACAACCGGACAACGAUUCAUGAGUGUGCUUCCCUGCCAAAGAUAGAGAAGUUUAAAUAUCUUCUCUCUUAUCUGUCCGGACCUGCUAGGCGAGCCAUCGAAUGGAUUGGGAUUUCUGAUUCCAAUUACGAUACGGCCAUCAGUACACUGCAACAAAGAUUCGGAAGACAGGCAGCACUCGUGGACGCACACAUCGACAAGCUCUUAAGUCUUCAUCCUUCAGCAGCUGCGAAGGACGUCGAGAAGCUGAUGGAUCUCUACGACUCAAUCAAGUUCAGAACUGGCUGCCUCAACAACCUCGGCGUUCCCCAAUCAACUUACGCGGUGAUACUGCAUCGCGUUGUGAUGCGCUGCCUUCCUGAGGAGCUGGCCGUCGAGUUUCGGCAACGGCAGAUCGAGCGCGCUGAGUCGACCGGCCACACCACCGGAUCCACUGCCUCACAGUCUGUUACGAGCGACAUCCUUACCGCAGAACGGAUCAAAGCCGUCGAAGACGUAAUGAAGUUUUUUCGUAGUCACAUAGAAAGUCGAUAA